AAAGAUGUUAGUUAUGUGUAAGUUAUUAUCUUAGCCAGUUAGCUAACAGGCGCAAGGCUGUGCAAGUCAAACCGCCAAACAGAAAGUUUGGCUGAUCUUUGGAAGCCAGCAUGGGUGCAGAAAGCAGUGCUUUAAGAAGCUGUGUGCUGGAGGAGCCAUCGGUGAAGCUGCCCUCAGGUCUUACAAUGUACUCCGCUGUGCUCAAGGACGGCAAGCCAGCGUCUGUCUUUGUUUACAAGCAGGGCAACGAAGAUAAGGUUAACAAAGCUGCCAAGCAUUUGAAGACUCUGAGGCACCCGUGCUUGCUGCGCUUCCUGUCCUGCUCUGUACAGGAUGGUGGGAUUCACUUGGUGACAGAAAGGGUUCAGCCUCUGGAGUUGCUGCUGGAUAAUCUAACACCAGAGGAGAUCUGCGCUGGCAUUUAUGACUUGCUGCAGGCCCUUGUCUUCCUUCAUGACAGGGGAAAGUCGAGCCACAACAACGUGUGCAUGUCAUCUGUGUUUGUUAGCGAGGAUGGACACUGGAAGCUCGGCGGCAUGGAAACCAUGUGCAAGUUUGGUGAAGCAACACCAGAGUUUCUUGCCAGUGUUCGAACAGUAAGAGAAAACAGCGCUGUACCGCCCGAGGAAAAGCUGGAUGGAUUCAAGUUGCUUCCCGAAAAGUACUCCCACGCCCGGGAUGCUUUUUCUUUUGGCGUGCUGGUGAAGGCCCUCAUACCGCUGCUUGAUGGAUAUGUGUCUGAAGAGCUGGUGGAAAGUUUGAGGAGCACGCUGGAGGUCAGUCUGUUAACCUCCGACCCUACAGUCCGCUCACCCCUCAGCAGUCUAUUGACGCAUGAGUUUUUCAGGAAUGACUUUCUGGACAUUAUGAACUUUCUGAAGAGCUUGACUUUGAAAUCUGAAGAGGAAAAAAAUGAGUUCUUUAAGUUUCUGCUGGACCGAGUUCAAAGUCUUCCAGAGGAGCUAAAUGGUGCUCGUUUGGCUCCUAAAUUAUUAAAUUCACUGGUGUUUGCUGAACCCACAGCUGUGAAAAGCUUCUUGCCUCACCUGUUACGGCCCAAGAAGGAUUCAGGUGUAGGAACUGGCGAGGCUUGCCUGUUAUCUAUGCCACUGUACAGGAGACAUGUCAUCCCGCAGCUCGUAAAGCUGUUUAAAGUGAACGAGGAGCAUGUUCGAAUGGUGCUGCUCUCCAAUAUGCAUGUGUAUGCCGAGUUCUUCUCACACGACGAGCUCAAGAACCAGAUUCUACCUCAGGUGUUGCUGGGAAUGAGGGACACCAAUGAUGCUCUGGUUGCCAUGACACUUCAGAGCUUGGCAGUGCUGGUACCACUGCUGGGUGCUCAUGUGGUGGUUGGGGGCGAGAGAAUGAAAGUCUUCAAACUUACCACACCAAACUUCACCAAGUCCACUGAGGUUACCCCAGAAACUUCACCGGUUCGGAUUGUUGAUGCUCCUAUGCCCCAUAAGGUUACAACUCUGUUCUCUAAACCCCCUGAAGAAAGAGAGCUUGUUUUGGAGAAGCUUACCACUCUUAAGUCAGUUAGAGAAGACUCUGCUGCCCAACUGUCCACUACAUCAAAAACUGUGAUGAGCGAAGAAAUUGCACUUCCUUUAAAUGGGUAUACCCAGGAAAGGCAGAUAGAGAAUAGCAGAAGAACAAGGCCAGAUGAGGACUGGCCUGACUGGGAUGAUGCAGAGGGGAAAACCGGCAAAAGCCAGCCUGUCCAAAUCAACCUCCAGCUUGCAGACAGUUCUCCUGAAUUAUCAAACACUGCUGUGGAUGAUGUGGACGAACCCUGGGAUGAUUUCGAGGCUUCAGAGGUCAUCUCAACACACUCACCUACUACCAAUCUACCUGUCCCAUCACAAUCCUCAACAAAGGAUACAAUAACAUCUGUAUCCAUGGCAACGUCUGCAUCUGAAAGAGAGUCUAAAGCACUUAAACUAAUCUCCGCUUCAGUAAAAAGUGCUUCAGAGAAGAACAUAUGGGAUACAGGAUGGGAGCAAAGUUCGGAUAAUCUCGAGCCCAGCAAGGCAAGUUUAGCUGCAAAGGCAAAGCCCAAAAGUGCACACAAGGUUACAGGAGCUGUAGGACUGGGAGAAGAGUUCACCAUCGAGGUGAAAAGGAAACCGGACAGAGAUCCAGAGCUGGACUUUUUUGCUGACAUGGAACCGGAAAUAAAGCUUUCCUCGUCUAGCAUGCUUUUUACUGCGGGGAGUUCAGUCAGCAGGUCUGAGGAACUUCCAGAGGCAUCGCUGUCUGGCACAGGGCCAAAAGAUACACACACCGCUGUAAACACACUGGACCUGACAGCCAAGUUUGCUGCAAAAGACCUGGCAGAGACUGAAGCAGAUGGCUGGGGGGACAGUGAUAUCAACUGGGAGGAUGAGAAUGACUGGAGCUGAACUCUGGUCUUCCAAAAAGCCAUAUAAGCAAGCGGUGCAAAACAAGUUGAUCACCAGUUUGGUGCAAAUGAAAGACCUGAAGGGGAAAAAAAUCAUGGCCAAGACUACUGAAACACUUUCCAACACUUUUUAGUGCAGAGGUAUAGCUUUAGAGCUACUACUAAAGACAUCCCUGACAACACGGCAUUCAUGAGUACUUCAAAUGAAUUUUAAACUGCAUUAUUUUUCAGGGUUUUUUUUUUUUUCUUAUUUUUGUUUAAAGCAAUGUGAAAUCAGUGUGCUUACAUAUAUUAACAAUUAUGAUAUGUGCUAGAAAAUAUGACAAAAAAUGCCAACCAGGAUAUCUGAUACCUUAUACCUUACAUGUAUGAUAUCCUAAGUGAAUUCCAGUGGCCAACACAUUCAUGACUGGUGUCAUUAAUAAUGUUAGGACAUUCAUUUUACAUUUUAAUCUGCUUUGCAAGCAGAUUAGACGUAUGGUCUUGUAAAGAAUUCUAAUAGAACUGUGUUUACAAGCAGGCUGUCAUUUGGGUGGAUCCUUAGUACAAUGUUUGACUAGUUGCAUCCCAUAGUCCAAGGUUGAUACUUGUGUAGCUCUUUGCCAAAUUUUAAGACGAUAAAGGCAGUUUUAUUGGAAGUACAUGUGCUGAUUUUUUAAUUUUUAUUUCAAGGUUCUAGAUUUGUUUGUACCAUACAUUCUUUAUAAUAUUUUAUCACAAUAAGGAGCCUUAUAGAAUUGCCAACCUAAAUGUAUGGUAUAUGGUUUGUCAUUUGUUUUGGGUAGGGUUGUAUAUGUGAAAGAGAAUGAAGUAAUUUAUUAUCAGACGCUGACAGAAUAAAAAGAU